AUUGAUCCCAGCGACGACAUGUCGUGGCAGCACUAUCUGUACAGCAAACUCGGCUCCAAGAAGGCGGUCACCGGCCGCGAACUGGCGCUCGUGGACACGCCCGGAGCUAAACACUCUAAGGAUCCCCAUCUGGCGGCCGAUCAGCUCGUGGAGAGGAUUAUUGAUAUGUCGAAAGUGCUGUUCGGACUCCACACGAUCGAUCACCCGUCGGGUCAGCAAAAAGGCGUUUGGAGGUCAUGUGUCUCGAGCCAGAGGAAGCGGGCGGUCAUCGCAUGCUUUCGCAUGAUAUCACUUCAUUCGUUGCCCAGGCACCGGGCGAUGAACAUAUUCCUGAAGACCUACUCGGAUAUGUGGCUAUCGGUGGAGAACGUGGGUCACGAGCAGCUCAUCGAAGACAACACCGAGUCGUUCGAAGAGGCGGAGAAGAAACGGACGGGCGAUGAGGAGGCGGACGGCCGGCCCGACCCUAUCAACCAAUUGGUGACGGCGUUCUCGAGGGCGGCCACCACUGAACACGGGGGCGCUAUGAAGGAGGACUCGCUCUUCAUGGACUACGCGUUCAUUUUCACCCAAAGCAAUGGCGGCGCCGAAGAGGACGAGGAGGAAGAGGGCGGCGGCGAAGGCGAUGCCGGCGGCGAAGGGGGCGGCGAAGAGGGUGCCGGAGGCGGCGGUGGAGAGGAGGGCCCGUCCAUACACGAGCAGGAGAUGGAGAAACAGAAGCUACUGUUCCAACAGCAACGGCUGGCGGACCGGGGCGUAGCCGAGAUGAUACUGUUGUACAUAAGCGCGUGUCGCGGCGAACAGACCCAGAUGGUGCUCAAAACGCUCAAGCUCGGCAUCAGUAUAUUGAAGGGUGGUAAUGUGGACGUGCAGAUGCGCAUGCUCAAACACUUGAAAGACAAAAAGGAUGUCGGUUUUUUCAUCUCGAUAGCGGGCUUGAUGAAUUCGUUCUCGGUGCUCGACCUGGAUGCUUUCGAGCGUAACCAAAAAGCCGAGGGUCUGGGCGCCGGCGCUGAGGGCACCACUGGCGAGAAGAAUAUGCACGACGCCGAGAUUACUUGCGCCGUGUUUAGGUUCAUCCAGUUGCUGUGCGAGGGCCACAAUUUAGAGUUUCAGAACUACUUGCGCACUCAGGCCGGCAAUACGACCACGGUCAAUGUG